ACGAAAACAUCCUUUGUAGUGGAAUUCUUGAAGUUGGCGCCACCGUAGCUAUUGCUAAGUGCUAACCUAACUAACACAUCCACUUUCUUUCUUUCUUUCUUUCUUUCUUUCAAUCACAUUCUUUCAGAUUUCAACCCCUAUUCUACCGGAUCUGACCCGAACCCGAUAAUGGUAUCCGCUUCCGAUUUCGAUGCCCUCCAACUCCCAGAUCGGUGCUCCCCGACUUCGCGGACUCCGAGGCUCGGUCCCAGCCGCCUCUCCACUUCCCGCAGAUCCCAAUCCCACUCUUCUUCGUGGUUCCGAAGGAAACGAUCCAAAAUGCUUCUGGCGCUUAUUGCGUUGCUCGCUUCCUUUUUCUUCUUCAAUUGGUUCAUGCUUCUCCGCUUACAAUAUCAACACCAUGCACCCCAUCCUAUUCCCAAGCCUACACUCCGUUCAUCAUCGGCUUCACUUUCCCUUCAGGGGAAAGUGAACAACAAGACCGGAAAUAAGAAAAAAUCACAGAAGGGGAAUUAUGUACGGUUGUUGGCAUUGGCUGCACAUGCUUUGGCUGAGAAUAAACGUGAACCAAAAGAUUUGUGGCAGGAACCCUUCGUUCCAGCUUCUUCUUGGAGACCUUGUGCUGAUCAGCGGAAUUGGGAACCUAAUGAGGGAAAGAAUGGAUACAUUCUGGUUACUGCAAAUGGUGGGAUCAAUCAGCAACGAGUGGGUGUUUGUAAUGCAGUUGUUGUGGCACGGUUGCUCAAUUCAACUUUGGUUAUUCCCAAAUUUAUGUACAGUAGUGUAUGGAGAGACGUGAGUCAAUUCAGCGAUAUCUAUCAGGAGGAGCAUUUUAUUAACUACUUGACUCCUGAUAUUCGGAUAGUGAGGGAACUUCCUAAGGAGCUACAAUCUUUGGACCUGGAGGCAAUCGGUAGUGUUGUAACAGAUGUUGACAUGGAGAAGGAGGCUAAGCCAAGUUUUUACCUGAAACGCAUCUUACCUAUUAUACGUAAAAAUCAAGUUGUUCACUUUGUGGGAUUUGGGAAUCGCUUGGCAUUUGAUCCAAUCGCAUUUGAGCUGCAGAGACUUCGAUGCAGAUGUAACUUUCAUGCCCUGCAAUUUGUUCCCAGAAUACAAGAAACUGGUGCUUUGCUUCUUAAAAGAUUGCGUGAACAUUCAGGUCUCGCUGGACCAUUGGACCAUCAUCUUGUUGGUCCAUUUGCAGAAUCAAUUAAGGAGAAAGGUGAAAAUGAUGCCAAGAAAGCAUCCAAAUACUUAGCUUUGCACCUCAGAUUUGAAAUUGACAUGGUAGCUCAUUCUUUAUGCGAAUUUGGGGGAGGUGAAGAAGAGAGGAAAGAAUUGGAAGCAUAUCGUGAAAUCCAUUUUCCUGCAUUGUCACUGCUGAAGAGGACUACAAGAUUACCUUCUCCUUCUGAGCUCAGGUCUGAAGGCCUAUGUCCUCUGACACCUGAAGAAUCUAUCCUUAUGCUUGCUGCUCUUGGUUUCAAUCGAAAAACACACUUAUUUGUAGCUGGUUCUAAUUUGUAUGGAGGUCGCUCACGAUUGGUUGCUUUGACCAGCCUGUACCCUAAAUUAGUUACCAAAGAGAACUUGCUUUCUUCGACAGAACUUGAACCGUUUGCUAAUUAUUCCUCUCAGUUAGCAGCACUAGACUUUAUAGGCUGCACUGCUUCGGAUGCAUUUGCCAUGACUGAUUCUGGAAGUCAGCUGUCAUCUUUGGUCUCUGGGUUUCGAAUAUAUUAUGGUGGUGGAAGAAUGCCAACAAUACGUCCAAACAAACGGAGGCUAGCGAGUAUAUUUAUGAAGAACUCCACUAUAGAGUGGCGUGUUUUUGAACAGAGAAUGAGGAAAGCAGUUAGGCAAACUAAACAUGUACAGACAAGGCCAAAGGCAAGAAGUGUUUACAGGUAUCCUAGGUGUAAAGAUUGUAUGUGCAGGACAGACUGAUUUUUUUUAUUAUUAUCUUGACUGUAAUUAUCCAUUCUCAUUGUAAUUUGUUACAUUUUUUGUUCAUUAUUCCCAUUCAAUAUAGAUUUGUUC